AUGAACAACGGGAUCAUCGGCAAAGAGGGGCCGGGAAAAUCCGCGUUUCUGGACAGCGGGCCGCCAUUGCUGAAGCGCACGGGGCACGCGCGGCGAUACUCCCUGGGCGGCAGCGGCGACUACCCCCGCAGCAUCAGCGCGAACGGCAUGGAGCUCAGCCGGGCCGACUCGCUCUCCUCACACCGUCGACCCGCAUUCCCCCCUUCAAAAAGCCUGUCAACUAGUUUUACCGCUGGACUGGCAACAGAGGCUCCUGGGAGAGAGGAAGAGAGUGGUCCUGGGAGGGGUACGAUUGGGACAAGCGACAGGAGAAGCAGAGGGAAGAACGGCUUGGCGCGCUUGGGUGAUGAUGGGAGUGAGGGGUACGACUCGGACGAGGAGUUCGUGAAGCUGUACGGGCUGGUCGCACAGCACCGCGCUGCAGAGCGCGCCAUCGUCUCCAACACCUUCGCGAAAGUGCUGGCGAAACCUGCCAGCAGCGGUUGUAGCCCUAGGGUGGGGACUGGCAGCAGCUGUGGCAGCAUUAGGUCUGGCGGCGGUCGGAGCCCCACGGGUGGGACCGGCAGCGGCUGUAGCAGCAUUGCGAGAUCAAGAAGUGGGUGCCUCUCCAUGGCUCCGUCCGGCAGCGGCUGUAGCCCCAAGGAUGGGACUCGCCCCAAGUUCACGUCUCAGAGCGGCAGUGGCAGCAGUUUCCGAUGGGCUGGUGGCGAUAUCAUUUCCACCACCAACGAUAAGACGUGCGGUAUGGCAGCUGCUGAUGAGCAUGAAGGCAGUGCGCCCGGCUGUGCUGACAUGCUCCCAAAUCAUGGAAGCACAUCAGUUGAGCCGCUGCUUCUAAGUCCCAAAGCAGCAGCGUUGGGACCUCGUGCUGCUAUCAAGGGGAAUUCAGGGAAUGCGCCUUGCGCCGUUCUGAGGAAUCGGAGUCGAAUGAGCCUCGAUUCUGCAGUGGUGAAUGUGGCGUUUACCGGUGCUGACGAGAGGGAGAGCGUCGAAUCGCUGAUGGACCUGGGGAAGAUACAGAUGAACCAGCGAAUACAUGGGCACGAGCAGCAGUCGCAGAGGGAGAAGGGCUUUCUGAGGUACCAAUCAGUCGCUGUGAUGGGCACUCCCGUGGCGUCACCGUUGCCCGCUCGUUGCGCGAAACCCGAGAAUAGCCGCGUGGUGAUCUCACAGGGGGAGGGCGGGGCGCUAGAGGUGCGCAUCCCCGCAGCGGGGUUCUUCCCGGAUGGCGCGGUGGGGUGGAUCCUCUGCCUGCUCACGCCCUUCCUCAUUGCGAUCGCAGUGGCAGUCGCCAUUUUCCUGCCCUUCACCAUCUGCAUCCUCUGCGGCUACGCUGCCUGCUCCUUUGCAUGGAUCAAAUCCGCAACUCGCUCGGAGACCAUUGUGCUGUCGCCUGAUAUCUUCACCAUCACCACCUCAAGCUCUGGCUCGACCAAGCGGAAGCAGGGCAGCACACUACUGGUGCGCGCCAUUGUGGUGCAGAACUUGAACUCCCCACAGCCGCUGCCACCCCCGCCAGUGCAUAGCAUCGCUGCCCAAAGUCCCAUCCCUCCUCCUCCUGCCCCUCUCACGCGCUCAGCAGCUAAGCCGGCAGAGCUGGUGUGCAUGUUUGUUGGGAUGGAGCAGGAGGAGUACCGGUUUGGCAAGACACUGAGCGAUGCGGAGAAGCACUGGGUGGUGGGUGAGCUGUCGCACCACUUGCAUACAAUGCACAUGCUCCCAGCGCAACAAAAUGUUUAG